AUGUCAACGAAACAAUUCUGCCUGUUAGGCGAGGCCGUCUCUACCGCCCGAGAGAUCGAAGUCCCGCCAGCUAUAGACUUUGAGGAGCUUCAGAGUGUGGGUUUCAUCCACGAUGGCCGAAGACUCAACGCCGUAUCUGAAGUCCUCGAAGUAAAUGAGCCCAUUUCUAUAUCCAUCAACGGAAACGCUGUGCGAGACGUUCCCGGACCCGCGGGUAUCCCAUACUUUGGCAAUUAUCUCGAAAUAUACCCCGACCACCUCGGUAACCAUCAGCGAUUGUUCGAGAAGUAUGGGCCGCUCUUUACUACAACCAGUAUGGGGAACCGUCUAUACCAAACCAACAGUGCUGAACUAUCGAACAUCUUCCUGUCUGAAGAUCACUAUUUUACGAAAGACAUUGUUCCCGGCCAUCCUUUACAUCCUAUCAAGAAUCAAGAAGCGGGAGUUUUCUUGGCUGAUACAAAUACCGAGCAAUGGCGGCUUGCUCACAAAUUCCUUCCACCUGCACUGGGACCAAAGGCCGUUAGGCAUUAUGCACCCACUAUGCAGCGCACGGUUGAGUCUUCGUUCAAGGUUUUUGACGAGCUGGACCAAAAGGGUGAAGCAUGGAAUGUCUACCAGUACAUGCUUAAGCUUGGCUCGCAAGCUGUCGGAAAACUCGUCUUGGGCAUGGACUUUGCUCAUUUUGAGCAGGUCGACUCACCCCUACACGAAAUGGUUCUUAAGAUCGCCGAGAAUCUGGAAUUAAAUAAGCGUGUUUCCUCUAUGGGUGCUUGGUACGCUCAGAUGCCCUUUGGUGACCCGAAGAAGGUCCGUCAGACAAUGGCCAGGAUUAUGGAAAUGAUGGACGAGUCGAUCGCCAGAGCCUCCAAAGGCCAGGAGGACCUGGAGCUCCAAGAUGCAGCUCUCAAGGCCGACAACGUUGUGGAUUACUUUCUUCGUGCUACCGAUAACAAGGGCAAUAAGCUUCCACCUUCGCAAUUUGCACCAGCACUUCUUGUGGCUACAGCUGCCGGCUUUACAACCACAUCAUCCUUACUAUCUUGGUUGAUCUACAGUUUAGUCAAGUAUCCUGGCAAUCAAGAACGUGUCCUUCAGGAGCUCAUUGACAACGACUGGGACGGAGAUACCCAAGUCACUGCCGACACAACGAGUAAACUUACCUUUCUCGAUAAGUUUAUCAAGGAAACCCAGCGUCUGCACAAUCCAUCAUUCCAGCCCGGCCGCACCGCGAAGGUUGAUAUGAUCCUACCAGGAGGAUAUCGUCUCCCAAAGGGUGCAGUAGUCAUUUCAGCGCUUCAUCACAUGCACAACAACAAGGACGUAUGGGAGAAUCCAGGGCGUUUCGACCCCGAUCGCUGGGACACAGAACAGGUCAAGAAUAGGCCUCCUGGCUCAUACAUUCCAUUCGCAACGGGGCCGAGAAUGUGCGUUGGAUUCAACUUUGCGUUACAGGAGAUCAAGGUUUUCUUACCCAAACUUGUCUAUCGAUACAAGUUCAGUCUGGCCCAGGAUGGACCGAUUGAGUAUGACCCCUACUUCCAGUUGAUUCGACCCAACAAUUUAUAUGUUCAGGCGGAGAAGAGAGUGAAAUGGCCACCAAAGUCAGAGUAG